CAUGAGAGAUCCUAAUAAUCAACUGCACAUAAUUAAGAACCUGAAGAUUUCUGUCAACAACAUUAUUACAAACCCACCUCAGCCAGGUGCCAUUCGAAAGCUUUUGAGUGAUGUUGUAUCUGUCAGCCAGCCUGCUGAAGGGCUAGUAGCUAACGUGAUCACAGCUGGAGACUAUGAUCUCAACAUUAGUGAUCGCUCAGUUAAAGCUAGUGUUCCUUGGUACAAUAAUUGGAAAGAGACACUGAUGGAACUGAACACAUCUGCAUUUUAUUCAGCUACUACUCCUUGGUUUGAGUCUUACAGAGAGAGCUUUCUUCAGUCAAUGCCUGCAUCGGAUCACGAAUUCUUAAACCACUAUGUUGCAUGUAUGCUUGUAGUUUCGUCUGGUGAGCCAGAGCCUGUGGAACAAUUUCUGAAGCUGUCUCAAGAACAACACCGCAUUCAACAUAGUAGUGAAUAUUCCUAUCCAAAAUGGUUUAUACCAAACACGCUUAAAUACUAUGUAUUGCUGCACGAUGUAAGCAUGGGAGAAGAGCAAAGAGCUGACUCCAUUUAUGAAGAGAUGAAGCAGAGAUAUGGAACUCAGGGUUGUUAUUUACUGAAAAUAAAUUCACGGGUGUCUAACAGAGGAACAGAUGAACAAAUACCAGAUCCUUGGAGUCAGUACCUUCAAAAAAGUAGUAUCCAGAACCAGGAUAGCUAUGAAGAUUAUCCAUAUUCUGUCAUUUCAAGUAAGAAUGCUGAUCACUUGAUAUCAGAUGGCUUAGAUGAUGAGAUGAAAGAUGGCCUAUCAAAUAACUUUAAAACUCACCCCCUUCAACUGGAUCACCCCAGUGGCAGUUUGGAUAGCACUGAUUACAUGAAGGCUACUGCAUCAUUGCAGGAAUCCAAGAAAUCCAACUCUGGAAUGCCUCAUGGUGCAUGUUUAACACUCACAGAUCACGAUCGAAUUAGGCAGUUCAUUCAGGAAUUCACAUUUAGGGGACUUCUGCCACAUAUAGAGAAGACAAUUCGGCAACUUAAUGAUCAGUUAAUAUCCAGGAAGGGUUUGAGUCGAACACUAUUUUCUGCUACUAAAAAAUGGUUUAGUGGCAGUAAGGUUCCAGAGAAAAGCAUAAAUGAACUGAAGAAUACAUCUGGCUUGCUGUAUCCCCCAGAAGCACCAGAGCUUCAAAUCCGGAAAAUGGCAGACUUGUGUUUUUUGGUGCAACACUAUGAACUUGCGUAUAACUGUUAUCAUACAGCAAAGAAAGACUUUUUAAAUGAUCAAGCAAUGCUUUAUGCAGCUGGAGCACUGGAAAUGGCAGCAGUAUCAGCUUUUCUUCAGCCUGGAGCUCCUAGACCAUAUCCUGCUCACUACAUGGAAACUGCAAUUCAGACCUAUAGAGAUAUCUGCAAGAACAUGGUUCUGGCUGAGCGCUGUGUGCUGCUUAGUGCUGAAAUCUUAAAAAGUCAAAGCAAGUAUUCAGAGGCAGCUGCUCUUCUGAUUCGUUUAACCAGUGAGGAUUCUGAUCUUCGCAGUGCGCUUCUGUUGGAGCAGGCAGCUCAUUGCUUUAUAAAUAUGAAGAGUCCCAUGGUUAGAAAGUUUGCCUUUCAUAUGAUAUUGGCUGGCCAUAGGUUUAGUAAAGCAGGACAGAAAAAACAUGCCUUACGCUGCUACUGUCAAGCCAUGCAGGUUUACAAAGGGAAAGGCUGGUCCCUUGCAGAAGAUCACAUCAACUUCACUAUCGGCCGCCAGUCCUUCACGCUCCGGCAGCUGGACAAUGCUGUGUCGGCCUUCAGGCAUAUUCUGAUCAAUGACAGUAAACAACCUCCAGCUCAGCAAGGGGCUUUCCUAAGAGAGUAUCUCUAUGUUUAUAAGAAUGUUACCCAGCUAACACCUGAUGGUCCGUUACCACAACUUCCUUUACCAUAUAUUAACAGUUCAGCAACCCGAGUUUUCUUUGGGCAUGAUCGAAGACCAGCAGAAGGUGAGAAGCAGGCAGCUACGCAUGUCAGUCUGGAUCAGGAAUAUGAUGCAGAAUCCUGCCAACAAUGGAAGGAACUUGAGGAGCAGGUUGUCUCUGUGGUUAACAAAGGAAUAAUACCUUCAACCUUUCAACCUACACAGUUCUGCUUAAACAGCUGUUCGGAUAACUCCAAAUUUCCCCUUGCUGUAGUAGAAGAACCAAUAACUGUAGAAGUGUCCUUCCGAAACCCACUGAAAGUUCCAAUUCUUUUGACUGACCUUUCAUUGUUGUGGAAGUUUCAACAUAAAGACUUCGAUGCAAAGCACGAUGGAGUCACAAAAGAGCUGGGAACUGGUGAUGAUGAUAUGAUAGGGACGGAAGCAAUCGCAGAGUUUUUAAUUAAUAGUGAAGAGACAAAAGUGGCAAGACUAAAGCUCUUUCCCCAUCAAACAGGGGAGCUACAUAUUCUGGGAGUCGUUUAUAAUCUUGGCACUGUCCAAGGUGCUGUGACAUUAGAUGGAAUAGAUCCUUCUGUUGGAUUACAGACAGGAAAGUUUGUCUCCAAUGGAUUGUCUGUACGAGGACGACAAGAUUUAGAAAUCCAAGGGCCUCGUCUUAAUAACACAAAAGAGGAAAAAACAUCUAUUAAAUAUGGACCCGAUCGACGUUUAGAUCCUAUUAUUACAGAAGAAAUGCCUUUGUUGGAGGUGUUCUUUAUAAAUUUUCCUACAGGGCUUCUCUGUGGAGAAAUCAGAAAAGCAUAUGUAGAAUUUGUGAACGUAAGCAAGUGUCCUCUUACUGCCCUGAAGGUUGUAUCCAAGCAUCCAGAAUUUUUUACUUUUGGUGGAAAUACUGCUGCUCUGACACCACUAAGUCCUUCAGCUUCUGAAAACUGUAGUGCUUACAAGACUGUGGUGACAGAUCCUACCUCUGUGCGUGCAGCACUGCUGUCUUCAGCUUCUUCUGCAGACUUUGGGGUUGGCACAGGAGGUCAACCAGAGGUUAUUCCUGUCCCGCUUCCCGACUCCAUUCUUCUUCCUGGGGCUUCAGUGCAGCUGCCAAUGUGGUUACGAGGACCAGAUGAGGAAGGUGUCCAUGAAAUUAACUUCUUGUUUUACUAUGAAAGUAUUAAAAAACACUCAAAAAUGUGUCACAGGGUAUUAAGGCACACUGCAGUCAUUUGUACUAGUCGGUCUCUGCACGUUCGAGCUACUGUCUGCAGAAGUAACGCACUUGAAGAUGACGAAGGCAAAGGAGAUAAUAUGUUGGUGUUUGUGGAUGUAGAAAAUAUCAAUACUAGUGAGGCUGGUGUGAAAGAAUUUCAUAUAGUACAAGUUUCAAGUAACAGCAAACAUUGGAGGCUUCAAAAAUCUGUUAACAUCUCUGGAGACAAAGAUACUAAACUUGCUAGCAGAGAAAGAGCAAAGUUAUGUUUUAAAGCAGUAAGAUGCAAAAACACAGAAGAAAAUUACACAUUUGCUGAUAUUGUCUUUGGAAAUGAACAGAUAAUAAGUUCAGCCAGUCCUUGUGCAGACUUUUUCUUCCAAAGCUUAUCCUCCGAAUUAAAGAGAAUGCAGGUGCAAUCUCAGACUCAUGCAUCUCAAAGGGCUGUGAAGCAAUCAUUUGAUGAGGCAGUCAGGUUAAUACAAAGGUGUAGCGAAGUGGAUUUGAAUGUUGUUGUAUUGUGGAAGGCAUACGUUGUGGAAGACAAUAAGCAGCUUAUUUUGGAGGGUCAGCAUCAUGUUGCUAUUAACACUGUUGGGAAGGAGGCUUUUUCCUUUCCCCAGAAGCAGGGUUUAAAAAAAAUACUCGGGAAUUCUGAUUGGGAGGACUUGGAACAGGAAUUACCAGAAACGGCCCUUUUAAAGUUUUUCCGACCAGAAAGCACCCCAGUACCUGCAAGACCAACACCAGAGCAGCUCUCUAAUCUUAUCAAGACAAGGCUUCAUUAUCCAGAGUCUUUUAGUCACUCAUUUCAUCAAAAAAGCCUCUGUCUAGUACCUGUCACCCUCCUACUUUCCAAUUGCUCCCAAGCUGUUGUAGAUGUCAUGAUUGAUUUGCGGCAUAAAACAACAAGCCCAGAAGCGCUAGAAAUCCAUGGAUCUUUUACGUGGCUUGGGCAAACACAGUACAAGCUUCAACUGAAAAGCCAGGAGGUCUGUAGCCUGCAGCUGAAAGCUUGCUUCGUUCAUACGGGCGUCUAUAACCUGGGAACCCCCCGGGUGUUUGCCAAGCUGGCGGACCAAGUUACGUUGUUUGAAACAAGCCAGCAGAACUCAAUGCCUGCACUGAUCAUAAUCAACAAUAUCUGACCACUUCCUGAAAAAAAUCGUACUAAAAGACAAAAUAAAUGGGAUUCUUUUCUUAUAUUGCUGACUGUUCGCUGCAGUUUUUGGAAAUUGCACCUCGGCAUCUAACUCAUUACUAAAGAUUGUGUAGGAAAGAAACUAGCAAAAUAUUCAGACUACUUGUCAGUUUAUUUCUCAAUGCAACGCACGUUGGACUGAAAAAUGUUUAUCCUUUUAUAAUGCAUUUCUCCGGUAACUAAGAUAUUCAUAACACAAAAUGCUCUAACUCCAAAUCUGAACAUAUUUCUCUCCUAUGCCCUGUCAAAGAUGCAAUUUGACUGCUGUUUAACUUCCGGCAUGGUGUGUUUAAUAUUUGUGACUGUAUUAGGAUAUGGUUCAGGAAGAAACCCUCACUGGCUUUCUCCUGGCUUAAGCCAUUAGUCAUGAUAAAUUCCAGCCUUACUGUGAAGUUCAAUAGGGUGUCUCAAAUCUGUUCCUCAGUUUUUAAAACUUAAUUUAAGAUUUUGUUUGAUUUCUUUUCAUGCUUAUGA